CCGAUGCCCAUCCCUGCCUGACGCUGCCACCAUGGCCGGGGCGCAGGGCUGUGGCGAGGGGAAGAUCGCGGGGCUAUACGACCUGGAGCGCACGCUGGGCAAGGGCCACUUUGCGGUGGUGAAGCUGGCGCGGCACGUCUUCACUGGGCAGCGGGUGGCCGUCAAGGUGAUAGACAAGAGCAAGCUGGCGGGGGAGGCGGCAGGGCAGCUCCUGCAAGAGGUGCGCUGCAUGAAGCUCGUCCAGCACCCCAACGUGGUGCGCCUCUACGAGGUCAUCGACACCCACGCCAAGCUCUACCUCAUCCUCGAGCUGGGCGACGGUGGGGACAUGUUCGACCACAUCAUGCGGCACGAGGGCGGGCUGGCCGAGGCACGGGCCAAGCACUACUUCGCCCAGAUCGUCCACGCCAUCUCCUACUGCCACAAGCUCCACGUGGUGCACCGUGACCUCAAGCCCGAGAACGUGGUCUUCUUCCAGGAGCAGGGGGUGGUCAAGCUCACCGACUUCGGCUUCAGCAACCGCUUCCAACCUGGCAAGAUGCUCAACACCAGCUGCGGCUCGUUGGCUUACUCCGCACCCGAGAUCCUGCUCGGGGAUGAGUACGAUGCCCCAGCUGUCGACAUCUGGAGCCUAGGGGUCAUCCUCUACAUGCUGGUGUGCGGCCACCCCCCCUUCCAGGAGGCCAACGACAGCGAGACCCUCACCAUGAUCAUGGACUGCCGCUACACCGUCCCCCCACACAUCUCGGCACAGUGCGCUGAUCUCAUCUCCAGGAUGCUGCAGCGGGACCCGAAGCAGCGAGCCUCCCUGGAGCAGAUCGAGGGCCACACAUGGCUGCAGGGGGUGGACCCAUCCCCUGCCAGCCGCUGCCUGCUGCCCCUCACCUCCCACAAGCGUGUGUCCGAGGAGGAGCACGAAAUCAUCCUCCAGGCCAUGACGUGCGGGAACAUUGCGGAUCGGGACACCAUCCAGGAGGCGCUGGAAGCUGAUCGCUACAACCACAUCACAGCCACGUAUUUCCUGCUGGCGGAGAGGAUGCUGCGGGAGAAGCAGGAGAAGCAGGGCCACCGCCUCAGCCUUGUCUACAACCUGGCCAAGGAGGUGCAGAGCAGGACCAACUUAUCAGACACAUUCAGCCCCAUGGGCAGCGCUGGCGGCCUCCUACCGUUCACAGACAUGCCAGGCUCCCGGCUGCCCCCCCUGCCCACUGGAGGCGACGUGGGUGGCCGGCAGCCCCCCAGGACUCUGCUGAAGGUCCCUGCCGUUGACACCACCAUCACCAAGAGCACCCCGGCCCUGCAGCAGAUCUGUGAGGAGGAAGAGGAGGAAGAUGAGGAGGAGGAGGGGAGGCCCAAUACCAUGGAGAGGAAGAGCAGCUCUCUGAACCAGGAGCAGAUGCGAGCCUUCCUGCGCGCCCGCCGCCCACCCAGCCGUGGGGAGGUGUGGGGGCCAGGGGCUGAGCUGGGGGGCCGGGGAGGGCGCCCGGGGGCGGCCUGGACUGGGAAGGGAGUGAGCGGGGGCCGGGGUCCCCUGGUUAUGCGGGGGGUUGGAGCUGAGCCCCAUAGGAAGGAGGAGGACACAGAGCCUGGGGGCUCCUCAGGAGAGCGCCCCGGGGAAAGGGGAGCCAUCCCAUCACCCCAAAGCAGCUCUGCUGGGGUCCACCAGGUGCUAGGGGCAGAGACACCCCUUGAUACCCUCCCGAGCCCUGCGGACAAGUCCCCAGGACAGGGAGCACCCACCAGUCCAGCCAGGCAGUCGGUGGAGAGCUCGGGCCCAUGGGGCACUGAGGGGGGCGUGGAGAAUGUGAUCAAGCUGGACCCGGGCAAGAGCAAGGGGGGCAGCCUGCGGGACAGGCUCCUGCAGUUCCCACUCUGCGAGAAAGCCCUGGCCUUCAAAAUCCGGCCGGGCUCCAAGGAGAGCCUCCUCUCCCUGGGGCAGUUCAACUGCUGCCAUGUCAUUUAA